GCCCGCCUUGAAACCACCCCCGGAAUCUCACCUGCAUGCUGGCGCCUGGGCUGACGCAAGGAAAGUAUACCAUGUCAUACCACUCUCUUUAAUCAUACCUCGCCUUAUACCCGUGGAACUCCCUCUCCGUCACUUCCGCACGCGACACACCCCCUCUAUCCACAAUGAAGCUCAAAGCCACCCUACGCGCCCGCAUACCAGGGAUCUACUGGAGUCCGCACGACGUCGCAUCUCCAGAAGCCUCCUCAUCAUCCUCAAAACCCAAAUCGCGAAUGCCCUUUUCGCUAAAGUCAUCCGCACCCGAUCCUGCAACUACUAUCCGCACCCGCAAAUCCAGACUGAUGAGCUCGACGACCCCCGAACCCAACGUCGAACUUGACGCGCGCACAUUAGCACAGGGCCAAUCGUUGUUUUUCGCCCGCUUGCCAAUUGAGCUGCGCAGAAUGGUGUACGAGUUUGUCAUGGGCGAGGAAGUAGUGCACCUGACGCUGAGCCAGAAGCGGCGGUUCGGACAUUGCAUCUGCCAUAGCGAAGCCGACAACCCAAAAAGAGGGAAUCAACAAUGUAGCUGUCGAGUCCUUGUCGGGGGCAAAAAGGGAGCGAGACUAGAUGGCGGCGCUGCAGCGCUAGUGCGAACAUGUAGACGCAUGUACUCAGAAGCAAUCCCGCAUCUCUACCGUACACAUACGUUUUCCCUCCUACACAUCACGCACCUACUCUACCUCCCUUCUUCCGUCCCGCAACUCCGCCUCAACACGAUCCGCACCUUGCAUCUCCGCUGGGCCAUUCGUGCACUGCCCUACCUCCGGCGCGGCCCCUCGAGUCGCGUUGCGUAUCGCGAGGACACGGCGAAUUGGGAGAGGGGGUGGGCCAUUAUAGCGGGGAUGCAGGGGUUAAGGGAACUGCAUGUUGUGCUGAUUGAUCCGAGUCCGCAGGGGCUGUGGGAGAGGAAUUGGUUGCAGCUUGAGGAUAUGCUGCUACAGAGUGUGAGGGGUGUUACGAGACCGAGGGAUGCGGUGGUCGUGAUGCCGUAUCAGAGUUGUGGUGUGAAUUGGGAUAUGGGGGACGGGUGUGUGAGGUUGGUGAGACCGGAGGAUGAGGGAGAUGUGUAGAAUUGCUCUUAAAGAGUGAGCCUAGUACGCUGUAUAUAAUACACCCAUAAUAAACGUAUAAGCGAUUUAUAUCGUC